UGACAUUUGAGGACAAAAGGAAAGCCAACUAUGAGAGGGGAAAUGUGGAGCUGGAAAAACGCCGUCAGGUCCUUUUGGAACAGCAGCGGAGAGAGGCUGAACGUAAGGCUCAGAAAGAAAGAGAAAAACAAGAGCAAAGAGAGAGGGAACGCCAAGAACUGGAACGGAAAAAACAACUCUUUGUGGAAAAACAACGAGAGAGACGACAAGAGUUGGAAAGACAAAGGGAAGAAGAGAGGAGGAGAGAAAUAGAAAGGCGGGAGGCAGCAAAGCAAGAACUUGAGCGCCAGCGACGCCUGGAAUGGGAAAGAAUUCGUCGCCAAGAACUUCUUAAUCAACGUAACAGGGAACAAGAAGAAAUUGUCAGGUUGACCUCUAAAAAGAAGAGCCUUAAUCUUGAACUAGAAGCCCUGACAGACAAACAUCAGCAAAUCUCAGGCAGAUUGCAAGAUAUUCGAAGCAAAAAGCAAAUUCGAAAAACUGAACUGGAGGCUUUAGAUAAGAAAUAUGACCAAGGGAUCAUGGAAGUUAACCAGCUACAACAAGAGCUUCGG